AUGUCUUCCUCUUCCUCCGCCGCCACGGCCGCCACUUCCCAGCCGCCGAGCACCAGCAUCAACAUUCCAGAGGAUGGACGACCGUUCCUCUCAGAGUCCGGCACCAACUCCAGCUCUGGUGGGCUUCCGUCAGCAACAACCGCCACGUCUAGUGGCUGCUCGCGUGCUCUACAGCGGCGCUUCCCGCGCGUUCGACGCUGCCUCACCCGUGCAUCGAUGGAAGUACCCACGAGCAGAGCAGCCAGUGGUCUGACGGUGAUUAUGGCGCUGCUGAUGGUCGGAAUCGUGGGAACAUUCGCGCUGCGCCAGAUGAUGAGCCCGGAGAUCGAGGCACUCACGCAGCAACGCGAGAAGCUCAAGGACGACGUGAUGGCACUGCGCCUACAGGUGGAGAACAUUACGCGCAUCGCAGAGAGUCGCUUAGAAACCAUUCAUUUGUUGGAGACAGAGCUAGAGCGGCAGCACGUACAAGCAGCGGAGGCUGCGGCAACUGCCACAACUGGCACAGAGCACGGCGCCAUUCCCCACGUGGCCAACGAAGACCUCAAGGGUGGUGAACUCCGUCCGAGUGUAGUGCUGCCAACAAUUUUUUAUACUCUGCUGCUGGGCUCCGUUCUGCUCGCGUCUGUGCUAUACCGAAUCUUCUUAAUCAUCCGUGGCGAGAUCAUCGCCCAGUACAAGUUAGGAAAGAAGCAGUAUGCUGGUGGCAAUGGCUCUAGCGGACUCAUGAUGCCAUCAGUCUCGGAAUCGUCCAUGGACAGCAGGCGGAAUGGACGAGGAACACCGCCGCUGUCACCCACGCGAGGUCCAAUCGUUGACGACUCGGUGUCCAGUGGCGGUCGAUCUGCUGCAUCUGGGGGUGCCAACUCGUCACUCAGCCCUAAAUCAACCAGUGAGCCUUCGCCUCAGUGUUACAAGCGAGCGCCAGGAUCAUCGCCAACGAUCGUCUAA